AUGUCUUACCCAAAUUGUUUAUACACCCUAUUGAAACACGAUGAGUCAAGUACAUAUAUAGCAUGGGAAAGGUUAAUAGCUUUAAAACCUUAUAUUGAUAUUGUUAUUUCAUCUUUAAAUGUAAAUAAAGAUAAUAAUGCUAAAGAGGAUGCGAAAAGGUUAAACAAAAUUAACCUUACUAAUAAUGAAUGGGAUAUUAUAAGGGAUUUACUUGAAAUUUUGGGUCCUCUUGCCCAAUUAACAGAAAUAUUAGAAGAUUUGGAGACAAAUGAUGAUGCGUUUGAAAAUCAUCAAUUUGAAGAAGUUGAUGAAGAUGAUGAACCUGAUGCCAGUCCUACUAAUACUUUCGGACUUUUGGAUAAUAUUAAAUCAAACCUUUAUAAAGCACUUGAAAAUUAUUUUGAGGUAAUUGAAAAAGAGGCACUUAUUGCUGCACUUUUGGAUCCACAUAAGAAAAAAACUAUGUUUGCAAGCAAUGAUCAAAAGGAAUUAGCAAAAGCUAAUCUUCAUGAAGUUUAUGAAUUAGCAAAGAAUGACACUAACAUUCACUUAGAGGAAUGUGAGCCAAAACCAAAAAAAAGAAAAACUUCAACACGAGUUUAUAAAAGACGCUUGUUCUCAGAUGAUGAAUCUCAUGAUCUUCAGACUGAAGAUAAUGAAGUUUGA